AUGGCACAGUCUUCCACCUGGUUCUGGUUCAUCCUGGUGUUCGGAUGCCUGGUGCUGUCGGUGUUUUCCACUAUUCCGGCUCAUCAGGAGUUCUCCUCUCACUGCCUGCUCAUUCUGGAGUUUGUGAUGAUUGUGGUGUUUGGUCUGGAGUACAUCAUCAGAAUAUGGAGCGCAGGCUGCUGCUGUCGCUACAGAGGCUGGCAGGGACGCCUUCGCUUCGCCCGCAAGCCAUUCUGUGUCAUAGACAUCAUUGUCCUUAUCGCUUCCGUGGCAGUGGUUUCAGCAGGUAGCCAGGGAAAUAUCUUUGCCACAUCAGCGCUGCGCAGCCUCCGGUUCCUGCAGAUCCUCCGAAUGGUGCGCAUGGACCGGAGGGGCGGCACCUGGAAGCUCCUGGGCUCUGUAGUCUACGCACAUAGCAAGGAGUUGGUGACAGCGUGGUACAUUGGAUUUCUGGUGCUGAUUUUCUCCUCGUUUUUGGUGUAUUUGGUGGAAAAGGAGUUUAACAAAGAGUUUGCCACAUAUGCUGAUGCACUGUGGUGGGGAACGAUCACGUUGACAACCAUUGGUUAUGGCGAUAAGACCCCCCAGACCUGGACUGGCCGACUGUUAUCCGCCGGUUUCGCAUUGUUGGGGAUCUCUUUCUUCGCGCUGCCGGCUGGCAUACUUGGCUCAGGUUUUGCCCUGAAGGUGCAGGAGCAGCAUCGACAGAAGCAUUUUGAGAAGAGGAGGAACCCAGCUGCUAGUCUGAUCCAGGCGGCUUGGCGUCUGUACUCCACUGACGGCGCUCGGCCUUACCUCAGGGCCACAUGGCAACACUACCAAAGCGCCCUCUCUCCCUUCAGGCAUUGUGUCUGGCGUAGUUAUGCUGCUGAUGAGAACUCGGUUUCCAUUGCUACCUGGAAGCCUCAUUUGAAGGCAUUGCAUACCUGCAGCCCAAUCAAGAAAGAGCAGGGUGAGACUACCUACAGUCAGAAGUUGAGUUUUAAGGAGCGCGUGCGAAUGGCCAGUCCACGUGGUCAGAGCAUGAAGAGCCGCCAGACGUCAAUGAACGACCGCCAGCGCUGUUCCCCCGGUAACGAUGUGGGGGGCGGGCCAGAGCUGCUGGGUGGAAGUCCAGCGAAAGUCCAAAAGAGCUGGAGCUUCAAUGACCGCACGCGAUUCAGACCAUCACUGCGCCUCAAGAGCCAGAUACGAACACCCGUGCCUGAUGUAGACCCUGGCAUGACCACUGAGGACUCGUUAGAUGAGCGAGGCUGCCAUUGUGAUGUCACACUGGAGGAUCUGUCUGCUCCUCUCAAGGCCGUCAUCAGGGCUGUGAGGAUCAUGAAGUUCCACGUUGCAAAGAAGAAGUUUAAGGAAACACUCCGUCCUUAUGAUGUGAAAGAUGUCAUAGAGCAGUACUCAGCAGGACAUUUGGAUAUGCUCUGUCGCAUCAAGAGUCUUCAGACAAGAUUAGACACUGUUGUUGGUCCUCCUCCUCGACCCUUCAGUCGUAGGAACUUUUCCUCUCCUUCUCUGCAUUUAUAUUACAGCCAAGCCCGGAAGAAGAACCCAGCAGCAGGCGCGACAGGCUCUGGUCCCAGCCUCAGUAACCGUCCCAAGAACAUGGUGGACCAAAUCUUGGGAAAAGGUCAUAUUUCUGCAGACAAAAAACUGAGAGAAAAACUUCACCACGAUGGAGACUCGAUGGAGGGCAUGAGCAUGCUGGGGCGAGUUUGUAAGGUGGAAAGACAGGUGUGCUCCAUUGAGUCAAAGCUGGAUUCUCUGUUAGAUAUUUACCGCCAAGUCCUACAGAAAGGCCCCUCGGCGCUGUCCUCCUUGCCCCUGUUUGAGCUGGACAACCCCCACAACCAUGGCUCAGUUGGGGGUAGCAGAGAGGGAAGCGAUGGAGCCCGGCGUUCGCAUGGUUCAAACCCCAGGGGCUUGAGACUCAUCCUGCCACCGGCCGAUGAUGACAUCCCUCCAGACUCUGCCCCUCCCUCGUACCCUCCAUCUACGGCCUCCUUGUCUCCAUCUCCACUACUGCCCCCCGAGAGCCCAUACCCCACACUGCUAACACCGAUAGUCUGCUCCAAGAGAUCCCACUUUGCUGAUUUACCACCUUUGCCGCCCUCCUCUGGACCUUUCACCCUCCAGCUUCCUCCGAUGCUGCAGCCAGCUCACCUGCACUGCCCCUCGGACUCUGCCCCAGGUGAUUGUUUUGAGGCAGGAGAGGGCCACCUGGGACCCUCUGUAAUAGUCCGAUCUAGUUUGGAUGAGGAUCAAGAGGACAGCGAAGUGUCCCAGGAAGGAGUUGAGCGAGAGUCUGGGUUAAAGAGUGACAGUGCCUGGAGAAGACACAUGAGUUUGGAAAUCAACCCUUUAAUGCUUCUUUCCUCGAGCCCAGACCAGAGGGCGUCAGACUGGAGAAGUGACCUGGGGAAGUCUCUGUCUGUGCACAACCUCAGCCAGGCUCAGAGAGACUGCAGCCGGCCCUCCAGACACAACAGCAGCAGCAGCAGCAGCAGUGAACAGGGGCCCGGAGAGUGCAACUGGGACGACACAGACCUGUUUCUCAAUGAAUGUAAACUAGGUUCACGUGCGGGACAUUUCCACUUCCGGUCUCCAGGAGGUGAGGUUACCCGCUCGGAGCGUGUGGAGGGAGUAGCUCCUCGCAACAAGGAGGAUUCCACAGACUUUCUCAGCCAGUCCCCGCACACAGACCAGGCAUAG